GGUCACCAGCAACAAUCACCUGGUCAGCCGUUGCUUGUCCAGAACAUCCAGAAGUAGCAGCUCGGGGCCCGCGCAACGUCACCCUCCAAUCGCAUUCAAGCGAGACCUGCAGCUGCUCUCAGUGUUCCCGCGAUCACUCCCAGUUAGGCAAUUGGCUGCCCCAACCAAUAUCGCAGUCUUCUCAUAAGUUGUAUCAGUCGUCUCGUUGCUGGCCGGCGACAGAACCUCGCUCUACUACCCCUAAUCAUAUAGUCUGACGGCAGAACAUCGACGGCUUCUGACAAUCAAGCCACCAUGUCUACCUCACUCUCGCGCGCCUUUACGACAAAGCGCGCCGCAAGGUCGACUGAUAGCUUGCCCACAAUACCCAAGAGGAGCCUAACAACUAAGCAUUCUGGUACCAUCAGACAGCAGAAGAUCUCAGGCCCGGUAGAGCUUCUCUCUACGACAAAUAUGCUCUCCUACAACGCGCCGGAUAUAUUCCCACGAAGCAGGUCGUCAACUACUUCUAGUGCUGGCAGUAUGACCAUGGGUAGCAGUGCUUCUGAAGGUUCACCAUCCGUCAUUGCAACCCCCCUCACUACCCCAGAGGCAUCUUCGAUUGAGUCUUCGCCUAUUAUGCAACCUCCAGAUCUCAACCAUCUUUCCUGCUACUUUGGCGCAUCGGCUUCGGAAGAAGAAGCUCCCCAGAUCCCCAAAAGAGCUCCUUCACAUACCAAGAAAUUGUCAGAGAGGAUCGCGCGUAAACGUUCUCUCUCAAGGAUGGCCUCGCCCAAGAGCAGCAUCUCAACGAUCUCGUCUCCUCUAAGCGGGUUUUCAAGGUUAUCUUCGCCCAAAAACAGCAUCUCAACAAUCUCGUCCCCGAACAGUGCCCAGUCUCCCAAAAGCGCGAUCUCAAGGAUCUCCUCGCCGCAGAACAGCAUUUCGACGACUCGGUCAUCGAUGCAGAUGUUUAGCCCGAAUCCCGACAGUCUUGACCAUCCCUUUGGUAACGAACUUGCCCAAGUCUCCGAAUUGGCUGAGCAAUUCGGCAUGGGCAAAGAGAAGCUGGCUGUCCUUGACGAGGAAGAGCAGGAGCUGAUAUCUAUGGGGCUUUACAAGUUUGCCGCGGACGACUACAUGAACGAACUCCAGGGACUUUAUAUCACUGCGUUUGGUGACCUACCCCCAUCGACAACUGUAUGGAUAUAGGAUACAGUGGACUGGAUCCUCGUAUCCUUCUUUUCUACCACGGCAGCGUGGUAACACGCUGCAUUUUGUACA